AUGCCUUCGUUUUUGAUGGACCCUUCAAGGCUUCUUUGGAAAAGUAGGAGAGGACUGUCUGACUUGUCUGCGCUCUCUUCUCCCUCGUAUAGACAGUUUCCGCGUGUCUGCGUCUCUCUGUUCCCUCACCGGCGAGGUCAGAUAAACAUGGAAACAGCAAGUAAACAUGUGAGAGACGUCGAGAGAUAAGGAGGGCGCAGAGAAGCGAAAAACAGCCUUUAGACGAGGUCAUAAAAUUAGAAAUAGCAUUCCAACUUGAGAGGUCGCAGAGAAAGCAGGCAGUUCCACUUUUUGGGAAGCCCUCGGAAAAAAUAAAAGCUGGUUACAGAAUAAAAAUCCAUCUAGCCUGGUCCUGGGUUCUAUCAAUGGCUAUCGUGUUCUACUUCGAGUUUUCAAGUUUGUUUCAAAGAUUUUCGAACUUUUAAAGUUCAUUCACUUUUUCAAAGCGACCGACUAAAAGCUACUUGCGCGCGGCGGCAUCCUGUAGAAGGGAUGAAAAGUCGCAAGCGGUAGGGCGCAAAUUUUAAUUCAUUUUAUCGGCCAAACCGCUCUUUGAUUUUUCUGCUCCUCUCUCUCCACGGCUCUCUCGUACACAUGUGCUAUUUCCUUGUUUCUAUAACCUCAUUGGUGAGGGAAAAGAGGGCGCAGACAAGUUAGACAGUUUAGAAUCGUCUCGAUUGAACAAACUGUACAGUCCGUCCGGCGCGACAGUUUUCGCGUGUCUGCGUCACUCUGUUCCCUCAGGUCAGAGAAACAUGGAAACAGCACGUGAACCUCAGAGAGAUGUCGAGAGAAAAGAGGGCGCAGACAAGUCAGACUGUUUCGAGUCGCGGCGAAUAGUGUAUAGUCCAAAAAAAAGAAGAAAUUGAACAACGAGACCCUAAAAAUUGUCCUGUCAAUAAAUCCAGGACACUUUUAAGGUCUCAAGUGGAAAAUGAGAAAAAAAGACAUUCAGGAACCUGCGGCUACGUCGUGGUGAUCACAGAAAACGAAGUUUGUCCCAUUUUGAUCGACUGUUACACAAGUUUCGUGAACCACGUCUUCUGGGUGAGUUCAAAGUUCUCAAUAACAUGUAGAUCCUCCUGAAUUUGAAAAAGUGAUGCGUUGCGUAUGCGACGCGGCUUUUUGGCGGGAAACACGAGGUCGCCGUCCGUUUUUGAACACUAUUGGUCACUGGAAAAAUUGGAAGUGUGGAAAACGGGCACGAAAUGGCUGCUAAAAGGGUUCCGUUUUGCGGCCUUUAUUGAGCCUUUCUUUAUUAGUGGGCUAAGAAGUCUCGAAAAAGGGUGCAAAAAGGGAGCAAAAUGGCCGCUGAAAUGGUUCCUUUUUGCGGCCUUAUUGAGCCUGUCAUUUUGGCUGGCUGAAAACUUUCAAAAAAGGGUGCAAAAAGGGUGCAAAAUGGCCACAAGCCCUCCAAGUCUUGAUUAUUAUUCAGGCAACUUUCAUCACGGAAGAAUGCCUUCCUUCGAUUUGUGUCCUCUUCUUCGGAGUUCUCUAUUGGCAUGUCAAUAAGUCGAAAAAAUUAGAUCCGAAGGUGAAGCUCGAGGAAAAGCUCCUCAUCAUUCAACUCGCCCCGGUGGCGAUUGCAAAAUCGGUGAGGUCUUCUGAUUUUUCUUGAAGGAUCUUUUUCAGCUCCACGCCUUUCAACAACUCCUCUACACGACCUUCUGUUCUCACCCUUCUCUGUAUGAUGUCGAAGUUCGGCUGACCUACGACGCCUCUUUCGUAUUUCUGAUCUACUCGAUCCCCUUAUCGUUCCUUGUUGAGAAAUCCCAUUUUAUUAUGAAACAAUUCUUCCCACCCGACCAAAUCCGACUCAUACGGAGCUCGAAAAUUAGUGUCAGUUAUUGA